AUGGCCGACUCCAAUAACAGCGGUGGUCGCGGGCCGACCUAUCCUGCCGGAACGAUCGCUAAAGUGGCGACCGACAUCUUGAACGCUACAUUCCAGAACAUCAUCCACGACCUCGUCUCCAAAGUGCACCGCGAAGAGAAGGUGGCGCGCAUGCGGUCCGCAGUGGUUCUUGCUCGGCAGAAGGCAGAAGAGGACGCAAUAAUGCCGGAGGAAGCGCCGAGCAAGACCUCGACCGAUACCAAGAGAGAAGUCAUUCUCGACACAAAGAAGCUUGCGAGUAUGCGCGUGGAGACGGAUGCUGCCCUUUACGACCGCGGCAAGGUUUUCCUCAAGGGCAACCCACUGAAAACAAUCAAGGAGCAUGUUUGCCCUGACUGUCGUCUCCCAAAGCUAUUGUAUCCGACUGCCGGGGAGUCCUCUUGUCCCAGUCCUGAUUCCCGCGCCGAAUACUGCGCGAAUGUGCCCAUGGUCAAGCGGGAAGGGCAUGACGUCCACGGCAAGCUCUUUGCAAUCAUGCCGAACCCCAAGAAAAAGAAGGGUGAUCGAGACAGCACGAUUCCUGAGAUCCCUACCACUAAAUGCCCAAUCUGUCCUCGGUACUUCGUCAUGACGCGACUCGCCCAGCACCUUGAACGCUGCGUAGGCGGUGGCCGCAACGGCGGGCGCAACAAGACUCCCACGGACAGUGGAGCCAGUAAUGGCAAUAGUCCUACCUCAUCAGCACCAAAGCGCCCUUAUGCAGACGAUGACGAAGAGAGUCCCAGCCCGACGAAAAAGAAGAAGCUGAACGGGCCAAAGAAGGGCUCUAGCAACAAACCGGGGCCCAGCAAGCUCAAGCAAUCAUUCACGGUUGAGGAUAAUGACGACGACAUCAAGAGCGAGACCGCGGACUAA